CCCACCCCUCCCUCCACAGACUACUGGUGCCUAGACGACCUGUACCGAGAGAUGGUAAAGCGCUACGUGGAGACGGUGGAGACGCUCUCAGAACAUCGGCCAGAUCCUUCCACGAUNGAGGGCUGCUCCCAGCUGAAACCGGAUAACUACCUCCUUGCGUGGCAUACGCCCUUCAGUGAAAAGGGUUCAGGAUUCGGAGCUGCCACCAAAGCGAUGUGCAUUGGAAUGCGGUACUGGAAGCCAGAACGGCUGGAGACGCUCAUCGAAGUCAGUAUUGAGUGCGGUAGGAUGACCCACAACCACCCUACAGGUUUCCUUGGGUCCCUGUGCACAGCACUGUUUGCCUCCUAUGCACUACAGGGAAAGCCGCUCGUGCAGUGGGGAAGAGAGAUGCUGAAGAUGCUUCCUCUGGCUGAGGAGUACUGUAGGAAGACCAUCCGGCACAUGGCAGAGUACCAAGAGCACUGGUUUUACUUCGAAGCAAAAUGGCAGUUUUAUUUGGAGGAAAGAAAAAUCAGAGANGACNCAGAAGACAAAGCCACCUUUCCCGACAACUAUGACGCAGAGGAGAGAGACAAGACCUACAAGAAGUGGAGCUCAGAAGGCCGAGGGGGGCGGCGCGGUCAUGAUGCCCCCAUGAUAGCCUACGAUGCCCUUCUUGCUUCGGGGAGCAACUGGACCGAGCUGUGCCAGCGAGCCAUGUUUCACGGAGGAGAGAGUGGAGCGACAGGGACGAUCGCCGGCUGCCUGUUCGGGUUGCUGCACGGCCUGGCCACUGUUCCACGGGGCUUGUACCAGGAGCUGGAACACAAAGGCAGACUAGAGGAUCUGGGCGCAGCCCUGCACCGCUUGUCCACAGAAGAAAAUUCCAAGAGCCCCAGGAUCGGCUGUGGGAAGACAGCCAUGGACGCGCAGAUGCUGAAGAAGAGGAUCAGCAGGACAUUCGAUGAGGCAGCCCGCACCAUCCUCAGCAGCCUCUUGCUUUAUGUCUUGGAUCGUGCAGAUGGGCCCCAGAAGGUGGAAGACAGGACACACAGGGCCAACCGCCCUUUCCAACUCCAGGAGGCGGGCCGGAGACCCACACGGUUCCAGCUUCUACAGGCUAAGUUCAUGGGCACUGGCCGGGAGCCCCACCUCAAGAAGACCCGGGAUGUGGGUCGGCUGAUCUCUAAAGACAAGCAAGGACCUGGUAGGAGUUUUGUAAAUGCCACCAUCAACAAGCUCCUGGAAAAGACCAAGGAAGUGGGCAGAAGCUCCAGCCAGAGGACCCCAGCCAGUGAGAAGGUCCGGUGGAGCCCAUCGAGCGGGAAGGGCACUGUGAAAAACAUCCUGAAGAAGUUCCUGGCUGCAGAAGAGAAGGCAGCCAAGGAGAACGAAGUAGGUGAGAAGCCCCCUGCCCAGCGGNCUGGAGCUGCCAGGGGCCUCCUGCCAAGAAUUGUGGGCCGGAGCUCCAUCCUCUCCAAGCUGAGGGAAAGAUUCGAACACAACAGCUGCCUGUACUCGGAGGUGGGCGUGCUGCCCCUGCACAGGGAGGGACUGAAGAGCAAGAACCUACAGAAGAGGAAAGUGCACAGGCCACAAGUGCGGGUGCUCCACGUGGCCACCAUGGCUACCAGCUGCACCAGAAUCCCCCCUGCCCAGUUUCUGGCCUGCACAGCUGAGCCCCUGCCAGCCCUCAGCAUCGCCACCAUCGUCUGCGGGCCCCAGAGCUGGUUGUCCCACUGUGCAAAACUUAGUCACUCGGAGUGCAGACGCUGGCCCACCGAGGCAGCCAACACGUUCUCCAAUUCAGAAAACCUGGAGCCUGUUAGAAACAGAACACAAGGUCUCGAAAACAAGGAGAGCAAGGAACAUCUCCUGUCCUCAGUGCCCCAGGCGGUGGUUGACGUGGGUUUCUCUGGCAUACCUACUAAAGGCCAUGCUCUGCCUGGCCAUGCACCAGUGUUGUCCUCACUUGGACUGGACAGCCCCAGAAGUACUGGAGCAGUCGGAAGGGACAGAACAGUGGAGCCCAGUACACAAGAGGUGGCAGCAGAUGCCCAGGAAGCAAUGGAUAAUUUAAGAGGGGCCCCUGAAAUUGCCAUGACUGUGAGCAGCUCUGAGGAUGAAGCCGAAAGGACAGCCUCAGGCUUGGAAAGAGAGCCCUUCUUUGCCACCCAGAGGCACCUGCCAGAGCAGGAGGCUGUGACUCAGAUCCACCUCCUUGUCCCGCUAGCAGUCCAGGCUGAGCNGCGAGCACAGCCUGCUAUCAAUCCUCCACAAAUCACCGUGCAGCUUCCCAUCGUUCACGAGNUGCCAGCCUCUCCUGGUCAUGAAGACCANUGUUCUCCGGUUGUGAGAAAAGAGGUCAUGGCUGAAACUGAACAAAGAGAGGUCAUGGCUGAAACUGAACAGGCGGCAUAUUCCACUGUGACCAAGGACAGGAGGGGUCCCCCAGCCCCAACAAUGCAGAGUCACCCCUGUGGGGUACCCGUGAGUCUCUGUCCUGCAACUCAGUACGGACUCCAGGAAGACCUAAGAGAUAGUGCCAGUGUGGGCGGUGAUGCCUCACAGAGGUUCCUAAUACCAAGUCCUUCCAAGACGUUUCCUGGUGGAACAGAGGGAAAACAGAGCCCUGAGAAGUCACAUGACCUCAGGAAUUGCAGUGGUGACAGCCCUUCCAUGUACCUCAUUGCUGGGAGAAGCUAUGCAGGAGUGGGCACCUGCUCGACCACUGGCCUCCAGCAAGGGACAUCGACCAUGGUGCUGGUGGCAAGCCAGGACUGCAUAAGGCCUGAUGGUUCUAUAGCACCGGAGAAGAGCAUCCAGUUUGGACAGNAAGAGUGCCAAGGGCCCCAGAAUGAGUCAGCUCAACCACCAGGCAGAACUCAGGAAAAUAGAAGCCAUGAUUUGGGCAGCAACAGCCAGUCCACAUUAAAUAAUCAGCCUAUUGCAAGGAUCAAAGCCUCUGGAAAGGCAAUAGGGACUGUCACUGAUCUCACAGUACCACAGCCAACUAGUACUCAGCACCCUGAAUUCAAGACAGCAGCAUGGCCAACUGGUACUCAGGACACUGAACUCAAGGUGAUACCACAUACGGGUGACUCCAAGGAGGUUGAACACAAGACAGUGCCACAGACAAGUGCCCAAGAUGUUAGACACACGCAAAUGUCAUGGGCAUGUGGUACCCAGAAUGAUGCACACAGGAUCACACUACAGCCACAUGUUCUCCAGGGUGUGGAGCCCAACAUGACGCCACGCCUCGGUGGUUCCCAGGAGCCUAAACACGAGGUAACACUGGGGCCAAGCAGAGUCCAGAAUAUUGACCACAAGACNACACAGCAAGAUAGGACUCAAGACAUUAAACUGACGACACUGUGGCCAGGUGGUGCCCAGGACCCUGAACAUAAGAUGGUGUCACAGGCAAGUGACAUCCAAGGUGCUGGACAUAAAACAACCACAUGGGCAGGUGGUGCCCAAAACACUAGACAGAAGGCAUCUUCACAGCCGGGGGGUGUGCAGGGCACUAAAUACAAGAUAGGUGUUACCCCAGACACUGAGCACGAGGUGACCGCACAGGCUGGUGAUACCCAGGAUGAAGAAGAAANCCCUGAAAAGAAGACAACACCAUGGUCAGGAAGCAUCCGGGACUAUAAAGACAAGAUAACACAAGGACCCCACAGCCAUUCUUCUUUGAUAUCAAGCAGGUCCUCAAAGCAUGCGAGUAGAGCCACUGAAGACCUGUCGGGGAGCCGUCCCCUAAUGUCGGCAGCCCCAGUCGUUCAGACACGGGAAGCUGGGGAUUCUUGCCUGGUGUCUACUAAGUCUCCCCUAUGUGUUUCAAGUGAAUCACGGAACAAAAUUACAGCGGUGGAAAGAGACCCUCUGUGCCAAAGCACAGCAUCCCCAGAGCCACAAACGAAGCCAGCAGAGACUCUGGACCACUCGCCGAGGCCCUCUGUGGGCUCACAGGCACCGGACAGAAUGGAUCCUGAGAAAGAACAAUACCUCUCUAGGGCNGCACACNCUCCUAUAAGACCAGCCGCAAAGGAAGAGACCAGGCAGGUGGGGCUAGCCCACAGUCCAGAGCCUCCUGUUCCCAACCAGGAGGUAGAACAUAGNUCUNCCCCCCAGGCAGAAACCUUGGGAGGUGAAGCCAAAGAGAUGCUGCCAACACAGGCAGACAUGGGCAGGCCACAGAGACAGCUCGGAUUGGAGGAAACUGGUACAGGACAUGUACGGUUACACCAGACUGGACAGUCAGAUGUGCUGUGUGUGGUAGAUCCUCAGGCAUGGGCUUCUCAGGACCUAGUAGCUAAUGAAAAGAUACCGGUNGAGGAGGAUUCCUGUCAGCACAGGGACAGGACUCAGGAACAUCCCUCAAGACCACCAAANAGGCUGGAAAAGAGCCCAACUCAAGGAGGCAGUCUCCAGGCUGGCAAGAAUCUAGCUACCCCAGGGAACCCUACGAAGUCUUAUGGCCUGGCUUUGCAGAAACAGACCCAGAGUCAGGGACAGGCCAGCCACCCAGUACCUCAGGCUUCGGGACCUGACAGCACUGCUGAAGGAGUCCUGACUGCUGGCACAAGUGGGGAGCCUCCCAGACGGGGCCCCUCAUUUGGCAAUCAGCAAAGCCUGGUUGCCCAGCACCUGCCCAGAGAANCCCAGAAUCUGGCUAGUAGCAGGACCACAGCCGGCUCCCUGGAGAACACACAUGACGCUUCCUGGCUCACAUCUCAUGCUGGGAGCCACCCACUCUUCCAAUCCCUUGCCCAGGAUGGGCCCCCAAGUGCCCCUAGGGCAGAAAAGGGCCUGCCAGACCAUAAGCACCCCAGGUCGGUGCACUUUGCAAAGUAUCGCGCCCAAAGCUUUCGGGACCAGGCGGCCUUCGAUCUGUCCUUCAGGCCCACAGCCCUCAGGGCCAGUGACACNUUUGAGCCUCCAAAGUGAGAGCUCACCUUGAGUCAACAAGUCUGUCUCUAACUGAACGUGACUUUGAGCAUCCCCCACCCCCACCCCCAGCCCCAAGAAAAUGUAGACAGACAUUAGUGUCUCUCAUUUCUUCUCUCUUCACGUGAACCAAUCCUGGGGAUGCAUACAGGUGGUGCUUGCGCAGUUCGAGGCAGGUGUGAGACCCCUCUAGAUAAGGAAGAUGUUAGCUAUCCAAGGCUGCCGGCUACAGACCAUUGCUUUCACAGGACCUUGUGAUGUCAGCCCAGCACUGCGACUUGGAGGGCACAGGGCACUCACUCCUGUCUUGGCAGGAGAGAGACCAGUGCCACAGGCUGCCCUUUCUGUGUCCUCUGGCCCUCGGCUCCCCAGAGCUUCCCAAACUCGACCCUCCAAAAUCAGUGCCUGUGACCUAUGACCUAAGCCUUGCCUAUGGGAAAGUGCAGUGUUUGCCUAAGCCACAUCCCACUCCUAAGCUGGUUCCAGAGUCUUGCUGAUCACAGUGAGACAUGGGGUCCCAGACUGGCUUGUCUCCCCAGCAGACAUCAGGAAAGAACCUCAAGGACCCACGGGUGGCUUUCCCAACACUGAUUCCAAGCAUGAGGCAGCUCUCCCAUCCUGCUGUUGGCCAAGCUACACGGGCUCCAGUUGUUUCCAGCUGCUGACUGCACUUCUGUCCAGGGCAUUUGCUCUCCUGAGACACACAAGGACAGUUAUAGUCGCCCACUGCACCUCNGNUCGGGAUAGUGUCCAUUAACUACUCAGUGUCCUGACUGCCCCUUGGUGUGUCUACUGUAAUCUAGAUCAAACUAGACAACUCUGGGCAGACUACACCUCUUCGAGCUCUGGUCGUCAUGCCUCCUGACUUGUGGGAUGCCCCCACAGAACCACUGAAGAGCUGAGGCGGUGAACAGCAUCGCAGGAUAUUCUCCUUUGGGUGAUUUCCUCUCAGAAAAAUGGCAUCUGUGUCUUUGGA